AUGGCGAGCAUGUCCAUUGUGCUACAAGCACAACAUGAAGAUUACAUAACUGCUCGUCAGAUUAUGGAUAAUCUUGAGGACAUGUUUGGUGGCCAAGCCGCUGAAAAACAUCGGGAAGCCCUUAGUAACCUCAUUAACUGCAGACAGAAGGCUGGGUCUUCCAUAAAGGAACAUAUGCUGAAGGUGAUGGGCUAUUUGGCUGAUGUUCAGACCAAUGGGGCCGACAUCGAUGCUGAGUCUCAAUUGACCAUGAUCUUUGAGACUUUGUCGAAGGAGUAUAUUCUGUUUAGGGCAACGUUCAAUUUGAGCGCUAGACAGAAUAUAACCCUGACAGAGUUGAUGCAAGAACUCUAA